AUGAAUUCCUUCGCCACCUCUGACAACAACAACAAUCACAACGGACCUCCACCUGACCAUGAACCGACUGCAUCGACGUCAAUAGAUCUCACGGGAGAUGACUCAGGUGAUGAUGAGUCAACCCGAGUCAUCAACAGCAAAGGUGAAUCGGGCAUCGCCUCAAGCGCUUUGACCUCUUCUCCCUCGAGUGACCACAAUACUCGUACUCAUCAUAAUCGAAUUACCGCCGGACGCUCGCACGGACCUUUUCCAUCUUUCACAACAUCAUCUUCCAAUCCAUACCAUCCUCCUCCUCAACCUUCUUCCUCCUCCUCCUCUUCUUCUCCGGCAUUCGACUCUAACGGUAUAUCAUACACCGGAUCCAACAUCAAUAUGAUAUCACCUGCACCCAUAGCGGGUCCCAGUAAUCCCUACCAUAACAAUGGAUUUGGUCAAUACGCAAACCCUAACAUACCGCCUCGUCAAAUUUCAUCAUCUUCAACAGUAACCGGAUGGCCCUCUAACAGUGGUAACGCAUUCAUCAACCCAUCUGCUUCUUCUGGUCAACCUCAACCUCAACAAAUCGGAGUGAAUGGUAUCCCAAAUACGUCUGGUAAAGAUGCCUCCUCAGCUAUAGAUCUUACAAGUAGAAAUAUACCUUCUCCACCACCACCGAGUAACGACAAGAGACCGAUUUGUAUAGGUGCGCUGUGGUCACAGGCUAUCAUGCUUUACCCUUGUCCUGCGGUCAUCGUAGGUGCUCAAUCGCCUCCGGAGAGUAGAGAGAAAUAUGAUGUGGUCAAUUACAAAGGAGCAGAAUUACUCAGAGUCAAACUGAAGCAUCGAGCAGCUGGAACUCCCGCAAGGAAAGGUGAACCGAAUAAUUUGUUGAUAAGGGAUACAAUACAGGUUUUGACUCCUGGUCUCACCACCUUUGUGGGCGAUCUUGAUGCUGCUGCUGCAGAUCCCCUGGGACAACUGAUGCAGAGGGGUUUGGUCAGGCUAGAAGGGUUCGUUCAAAGGGUUCAGCCGGAAGUACACCAUUUCGCCGUUCGAAUCAAUGUCCUGCUUUUCACCUUGCCGUCAAACAUACAGUACAUCGCCAAUAUGCUUGCCACCUUGUCGCUAUACCUACAAGAUCCCGUACCGCCCUAUGAUCCCUCUCGACACUCCGAACAACCUCGUUAUGAGAAUGCACACGGUGGCGGUCACUUCGCUGCGCAGAUGGCGAUCUACGCGCAAAGAAGGGCAAUGAUGAGUGGAUCAGGCUACGGGAUGGUCUUUGCGGAUAAGGAAAGGGAAAAGGCUACUCAGGUUGAAGUGCAGAGAAAGCAGGUUGACGAGGUGUUCAAGAGUCUGGACAAUGGUGGAGAGCUGGAGCAGAGUGACCCAGGUCCCCUCAUCAAGACCAACUUGUUCCCUCAUCAACGUCGUGCUUUGACGUUUUUCCUGCAACGUGAACAAGACUCGUCAUCAGACGAUCCUAGAUCUUUGUGGGAGGGAACCCGGGACGAAAAGGGAAAAGUGAGAUCAUGGAAGAACAAGAUCACCAAUGAAGAAAUACGAGCGAGGAAAGGGGAAAGACCGGAUGAUAGUAAAGGUGCCAUCUUAGCGGAUGAUAUGGGUCUGGGUAAAACCCUUUCUGUAGUAUCGUUAAUCGCAGCCACACGAAGCUCAGCUCAUGAUUGGGCGAAGAGCAAGAUCGAGAAAAUUGAAUCUACGUCCGCUGAAUCUGAGAAAGACGAUAGCGAGGUCAAAUCGUCCUUUAAAACCAAAGUGUUCGGCAUGCCUGAUAUCGACGCGGAACUCACGGAUGGCAAAGGGAAGAAACGAAAACGAGAUGCGGACAUCAGUAAAGCUCUUUCUGUUCGUCGAUCACGUAUCGCCGUCAAAUCCAAAGGUACUUUACUAGUCUGUCCGAUGUCAACUAUAUCGAAUUGGGAAGAUCAGAUAAAAGAACAUUGGAAUGGCCCAGUUGAGAUCGUUGGUGGAUCAGCUGGUGUCAUGCCUCCAAAGGUGAUCGAGAGGAAAUGGAAACCUCCAAAAGCCGAUGGCGACGACUCAUCAGACGAUGAGCUGUUUGAGGACUUUGACGUACUCAAAGUGUAUAUCUAUCACGGACCGAGUAGGAGACCAGAUCCUCAAUUCAUCUCUGAAUUCGACGUCGUCAUCACAUCCUACAACACCCUCGCCAAUGAGUUCUCAAAGCAAUCAGGAAACGAAACCGAAACGAACACACCGUCUGAAACAGCAGAGAAUAGUGGAGAGGAGCCUGAAAUGACAGGAGAUGCGUCUUUGAAUGGUCAUGCUACCAAGCCGGAAGUGGAAGCCGAGAUUAAAGCUAUGGAAGUAGCUGCGCGAAUGAAAUCAACCAAGAAAGGAAAAGGGAAGCCAAAAGUCGUCAUAACGGAGACUAGUCCUUUACAAGCAAUUGAUUGGUUCAGAGUAGUAUUGGACGAAGCUCAUUAUAUCAAAACCGCUUCUACGGUAGCCUCACAGGCUGCUUGUGCUGUCGAAGCCGAUCGACGGGUAGCUCUUACCGGUACGCCUAUUCAGAACAAGAUCGAGGACGUGUGGGCUCUCUUCAAAUUCCUUCGAGUCAGCCCAGUCGAUGAUAAAGACGUCUUCACGCAAUAUAUAACCUCACCCUGUAAAUACGGAGAGCAAAUUGGUGUCGCUCGACUGCAACUUGUCAUGCGCUGCUGCACCCUACGUAGGACGAAGGAUUCGACCGCGGAAGAUGGUAAGAAGAUUCUCAACCUCCCACCGAGAAAAGAAGUGCAGCUCUGGCUUGAACUACGUGAAGAUGAGAGAAAGGUCUACGACGAGCGAGCGUCGGCAGCCAAGGAUCGUGUAGGCGAAUUGAAGAGGAAGAAUGAGCUUGGCAAGAACUACGCGAAUAUGUUACAAGAGGUGUUACGUUUACGACAAAUCUGCAAUCACGUCGAUCUUGCCAUGAGCGGAUCAGUCGAGGAAGAUUAUGAUGGUACGAUUAUGGAUUAUCAAGUUGCCGUGCAAGGUAUAGAUCGAAAUGGAUUGAACCAAGCGAGAGCGGUAGCCGUUUGCUGCUAUCUCAAGGAAGGUGCUGGAGCGUUAUGCGCAGGAUGUGGAGUAGACUUUGGGGAUUAUUUCCCUGAUAUUGGGUUAGGAGGUGUAGAGGAGUUUGCGACUCAAGAUGAGAAAUCCAAGGGAAAGAAAUUCACUUCCAAACCUGUUUUGACGAAAUGCUUGCAUUUGUAUUGCCCAGGAUGUUUCAAAUCUCAGGUCUAUUCUGAUUAUGCGAAAAAGCUCAAAUCGACCGUCGCCCGGGCUUGCGGAACUUGUAAUGCGAUGCUUCGAUUGCCAUCGGAUAUCAUUGAGGUUACUCCACCUGAUACCGAAACUUCGAAUGAAGUCAUCACGGAUCAACCCAAACGAGCGGCUAGAAAGAAGUACGUUCGACCUCCGGGCGAGAAACCUAAUUUAUCAACGAAGAUGCAAUACCUUCAUGACGAGCUGUUAACACUUUCCAAGAGGAAUCCGAAUUCACCUCAUUAUGAUCCGUUUGCUGGGGAUGAUGAGGAUGGGAUAGAAGAAUUGGAUAAUGAGGGGAAACCGUUAGUCACGAAAAGUGUAGUCUUCUCUCAAUGGACGACCAUGCUUGAUAGAAUAGCAGAUAUGUUGGACGAAGCGAAUAUUCGAUAUGCACGAUUGGACGGUACGAUGACUCGAGAAGAACGAUCGAGAGCUAUAGAUGCGCUGAAAUACAAGAAACAAGUUGAGAUCUUAUUGGUAUCUACUCGAGCCGGUGGAGUGGGCUUGAAUCUGACGGUAGCAUCGAGAUGUUACUUGGUUGAUCCAUAUUGGAAUCCUUCGGUUGAAAGUCAAGCUAUUGACAGAAUUCAUCGGAUGGGUCAAACACGACCUGUCUUAGCUGUUAAGUUGAUGAUCAAAGAUUCGAUAGAAGAGAAAUUGGAUAAGAUCCAGAAGAAGAAAGCGAAUUUGGCUCAAUUGUCUCUUAAGAAUAUGACCAGGAAGGAGUUGAUGGCUCAGAAGACCGAAGAAUUAGCUGACCUGUUCAGCUAA